AUGAGUACAAAAUCAACAAGUUUCCUUGUUUUUAUUAAUGGAUCUAUUGAAAAUGCUGAGGUAAAUGAUUUUGAUGAACUUUAUCUACGUUUUUCUUAUGUAAUUGGAAAAGAUUGGGAAAUAUGUUCUGGUUUGGAAGAAGGAACAACACAAAUUGCACAUAAAAGUGUUCAAAUUGGAUCAAAAAUUGUUUUUAAUUUUCCAUUAGAAGUUACAUUUCGAUCAACAUGUGCACAUGGAUGGCCACAAUUAGUUAUUAGUGGUUAUGGUUUGGAUAGUUUUGGAAAUGAUAUUGUUCGAGGUUAUGGAACAACUCAUAUACCAAUAAGUCCUGGACGACAUCGUAUUCGAAUUCCAUUAUUUGUUCCACGUUCAUCAUCUCGAUUUCAACAAUUUUUAGGUUGGAUGAUGGGUCGUCGACCUGAAUUUGUUGAUCCAAAAGUUGUGACUCAAAAUGCUGGCAGAGAAAUGACGCGUGUCAGAUCACAUGGUUAUGUUCAAGUUGUUUUUAACGUUGUUACUAAAGAUAUGGAAUCCUUAGGAUAUAGAAUUCAGGCAAAACAUUCAUCUUUGGAAAAACAACCUGAAAAUAAUGAAACAGAACAUCAUCAUUCUUAA